UUCAUAUAAUCUGGUGAUGGUGAUCGUAUGGAAACGAGGGGGCCUUUUAAGAAAGCGUGCGCUUCCAACAGUCGAGAAUGUUUAGCUAGUGGCGCUUCCACCAAAUCACCUGUCCGCAUCCACGCGAAUAUAACCAAAUCUAAGUUCGUUAUAAGCCGAGCUUGUUUCUUCCCUUCGACGUCCUCUAGCGCGAAUAUGGGAGUGCUGCUUUUGCUUCUUCUCAAUGCAGCUUCAGUCUUUGCAGGAGCAGGAGUUCCAGCACCAGCAGCUAGCUUCUGUGUAGUGCUCUGCGACGGCCCUUCCAGCUCCAACAAGGUCUUCUCCGAAGAUGCCACUGUCACCGAGUACUGCAAACACUGCCACGGACCCCCCACGAUCUCUAUCUCGAAAAUCUGCAACCUCUUCUGCGACUCCAACUGCAAACUCUCCAACUCGCUCCUCUGCAUCCUCUGCAAUCUCCUUAUCGGUGGCACAGCCGCCGACGAGGCCGAGACGACGGCCUCGGUAGCUCGAGCACGUUUCUCGUCCAGGACUUACUCCUACACUUCGCGGGAGUGUAGCCUCUACUGCCACCCCGGGAGCAUCACCUACAACGCCAUGGCGUGCAAGAGCUGCAGAAAGCCAGGGAUUCCGAGUGAGUCCGAAAUAGAAGCGAGCUUCACGAACCUGGAAAACGGCGCGCAGAAGAGGGCCAUCUUCGUGCAGUUCUGCGACACCUUCUGCAGUUCACCACACAAGUAUUACUGCAAAGUGUGCCGGGAAUCAGCAUAAAGCUUUCUCCUGCAAGUCAUUACAAGUACACCUUUUUAUUUACAGUAAACCAAUGUCAAAACUGUUGUGCUUUUUGCCUGUGA